AUGACCUGGGAUAACCACCGUUCAGGUAGUAACCAUGUCAAAUCAGCCCUUGAUAAAGGAAUUGUUAAUGGUGAUUGGCUUCAUUUGUUUCCUAAAGCUGUUCUUCGCUCCUCUCCAAUGAGAAAUUCGGACCAUAGGCCGCUAUGUCUUGAUUCUGGGGGGACUCCCCCUAAGUUUAAGAGAUGUUUCAAGUUCGAAGAGGGGUGGACGAGAGAUGAGAGGAGUAAACUGGUUGUGGCAAAUGCUUGGAAAACGGUUGAGCAUCCUUGGGCCCCUGCUAGUGCCUUCAAGAAAAUUGGAGCUACUCGUGUGGCUCUUCUUCAGUGGAAUAGAACACAAUCCGAAAGGCAAUUUAUUGGAAGCAAAGGGCGAGAAUUGAUUGGCUCAAGAAUGGCGAUAAAUGCUCUAAAUUCUUCUUCCACUCUGUUGCUAUUAGAGGAAGAAGAAAUGCCAUUGAGAGCAUUCUGA